AUGUUCACUGGGUCCAUCUCGGAAACAAGCAACAUGUCUCUGCAGUGCACCAAGUCAGCAGGACACUGGAAGAUCGUGGUGUGGGAUGAGGAGGGCUUCCAAGGCCGGCGGCAUGAGUUCACAGCUGAGUGCCCCAGUGUGCUGGAGCUUGGUUUUGAGACUGUGCGAUCUUUGAAAGUGCUGAGUGGAGCGUGGGUGGGUUUUGAGCACGCCGGCUUCCAAGGGCAGCAGUAUGUGCUGGAGCGGGGUGAGUACCCGUCCUGGGAUGCCUGGAGUGGCAACACGUCCUACCCCGCCGAGAGGCUCACCUCCUUCCGGCCCGUGGCCUGCGCUAACCACCGCGACUCGAGGCUCACUAUCUUUGAGCAAGAGAACUUCCUGGGCAAGAAAGGAGAGCUGAGCGAUGACUACUCCUCCCUCCAGGCCAUGGGCUGGGAUGGCAAUGAAGUGGGCUCCUUCCACGUCAACUCGGGGGCCUGGGUUGGCUCCCAGUUUCCUGGCUACCGAGGUUUUCAGUAUGUGCUGGAGUGUGACCACCACUCAGGCGACUACAAGCAUUUCCGGGAGUGGGGCUCUCAUGCCCAGACCUUCCAGGUGCAGAGCAUCCGAAGGAUCCAGCAGUGA